AUGGCGCCCCUUACCGCUGGUGCUCUUCCCAUCAUCGCCAUCAUGCCAUGUGCCUGCGCCCGUCUCAGCUUCUCCGGCCUGGAAAGGGUUGUGGCGGCGUUCUUCAUCUUCGCGUCCACCUCUACCGCCAUCGCCCUGACCCUGGCCUUCAAUGAAUGGGGCCUCCUGGUCCUUGCGGUGUCCUACAUGGUGGCCUUCUUCCUGCUGCUGGUGCUGCUGCCCUCGGCCCCUCUCUCUAUCCCUCUUGAGUGGCGCCAAGUAACCCCCACUCACUUUGCGCAGACUGGGCUCACAAAAUGGCGGCCCUUCAAGCACUGCUGCUACGAGAAGGCGGGCAACCACCACCACGACCACAGCCACACCAAACACAACGAGUUUGGCGGUGGCAAGGGCGCCGGCGAGCGCGACGAAGUCUUGUGA